AUGUUUCGAGCGGCGGCGGUCGGUCCUUUUGACGAUGCUAUCGCCAAGGCGACAGACGAGAACCUCACCUCCGAGGACUGGGGUGCCAUCAUGGAGGUGUGCGACAAGGCCACCGGUGACCCAACUGGCCCCAAGGAAGCUGUCCAGAGUAUGAUUAAGCGCCUCGCGCAUCGCAAUGCCAAUGUCCAGCUAUAUACACUCGAACUUGCGCACGCUCUCUGCCAAAACUGCGGCAAGCCCAUGCACCGCGAGGUCUCCAGCCGUGCCUUCACCGACGCCCUUCUCAAGCUCGCCAACGACCGAAACACACAUCAACAAGUCAAGGCCAAGAUUUUAGAAAAGAUGAAGGACUGGAGCGACAUGUUUAGCAAGGAUGCCGAGCUUGGCAUCAUGUACGACGCCUACUACCGACUCAAGCAAACCAACCCUACGCUGCAAGCCCCGAGCGCGCCGCAGAAGCAGGGUCUCACUGCGUCAGACAGACAAAAGGAGGACGAUGAGCUGCAGAUGGCACUAAAGCUGAGUUUGCAAGAGGAGGACCGCAAAAAGACUGUUGCAUCCUCCAGUUCCGCACAGCCUGGCUCCUCUGGCAAAGAAGACCCUGCCCCAGCUCCACCCGUACCGGCAGGUACCACGGCAGCCACGGUCAGCAGAGUACGUGCCCUGUUCGACUUUGCGCCGUCUGAACCGGGUGAGCUCGAGUUCAAAAAGGGUGACGUUAUUGCUGUCCUGGAGAGUGUAUACAAAGACUGGUGGCGCGGUUCGCUCAAGGGCAACACUGGCAUCUUCCCCCUCAACUAUGUUGAAAAGCUCACGGAUCCGACUCCCGAUGAGCUGCAGCGAGAAGCACAGAUGGAGGCCGAGGUCUUUGCAGAAAUCAAGAACGUGGAGAAGCUCUUGACGUUGCUAAGUGCCUCCAACACAGGCCCUCGGGAGGAGGACAACGAGGAGAUUUCGAAGCUGUAUCAUCAAACACUGGCAAUUCGUCCAAAGCUUAUCAAACUUAUCGAAAAGUACUCCCAGAAGAAAGAUGACUUUACACAGCUGAACGAAAAGUUCAUCAAGGCACGCCGCGACUACGAGUCCCUCCUUGAGUCAUCCAUGGCACACCCUCCUCAACACAACUACCAGCAAUAUGCCAUGCGACCGGGCCAGGGCUACCCUCAGGCCGGAGGGUAUCCUACCCAACCCCCGCCCUCACAGGAGCCCAACCAAUACUACAAUUCGGCGCCACCACAAGGCCUGGACCACGGCUACCAAGCAUCCUCUCCUCCUCCCAACUUCCCGCCCGGCGGCCAACCAGUUAACGCUCCGUUUUAUGUUGGCGGAACCGAGGUGCCGUCUCACGCCGGAAACCAACAGCCCCCGCCCCAGCAAUACCCUCCUCGCGACUCUACGCCGCGCAUCCCCUCCUCGUCGCAACCGCCCGCGCCCAACCACAGCGUAUCACCGCCGCCCCAAGGCCAGAGCUACACGCCCUACUCUCCCCAGCCUCAGCAAAUGUACCACCCGCCAUCACAGCAGCAGGCGCAGCAGCAGCCUCCUCCUCCUCUGCAGCCCCUGCAGCGACCGCAGAGCACUUACGGCGCGCAGGAGCUCGCCACUUCCGUCUACGACUCGCCCGUUGCGCCGCACAACCCUAACAGCUUCUACCCCCAGGACGAAGCUACGCCACACACCGCCGCGUCGCCUCCUCUACAGCAGCAGCAGCAGCAGCAGCAGGCACCCUCGCAGCCGCAUUACCAGAGCUACGCGCCGCCUGACCAGGCCCCUCCGCCCGUGCCGACCGCCCAGCCUCCGCAGGUCCCUGGCGGUGGUGGUGCCCCCGGCGGCGGCGGCGCGCCUCAGUAUAAGCCGUAUGUCCCGCCUGGGGCCUCGGCUCCCGACGGGCCGAGUGCGCCUAGCCCCAAUGACUACUACCGCCAGCCUGGUGGCUAUUAA